AUGUCCAGAAACAUUCUACAACUGGCGACACACAAAUGUCGUGCCAACAAUCCACUGCCUUCAAAAGUCCGUCCUCCAAAGCAGAACCACCUUCAUAACCUUUCGUGUGCCGGCAGUAAGGACAACAACGACAACAUGGAAUUUACCAUCUCAAGUGGUAUGGACAUCAAUAUAGACGACCCUGGUACUCCCACACUGGACCACGAUGUACCAAUUGGUUCAGACUCGGAACCAGGCAUACCCAUCUCUGAACUCUGGAACGCAAUAUCAAGCAGCCGUUUCUACAACUCAGAACUCAAUGAAAUGAGGGAUUUAUUUGACGAACUGCAGUGUGCUCUCACUUCUGGUGAAUCUCUUUUUUCUAUGCCACUCGCACCCAUGACCGAAGAGGUUGGCUUCAAUGAUGAGACGGAAUCAAAUUUUGGCAUUGAACUUGAAGAUGAAUGUCCGUUAACCACCAAGAGUCAUGUUAAUCUCAACAGUCCAGUAUCACCUGACCAUCCAAUGUACCCAUGGCCGUCAAAAGCUCAUUUCAUCACUGCGCUACUAUUCAGUUCUCCAAGGCUUCCGUUUUCUGAGGCGCAGAAGAAGGCAAUUUUAUCUUGGGCAAAGGAACUCGGUGCUCGUGAUGUUCCCUCACUGUAUGCCUUGAACCGCUUCCAAGAGACUAUCCAAACACUUGCUGGAAAUCCGACAGAAAAGGUCACUGCUCGUUCGGGGAACAUAUUCUAUUUCAACGACGUCGGGAAAGCAAUUGCAAAGGACUAUGCCAACCCUCUGACUCGUUUUGCGAUGCAGGAUUACCCGGAAGAUGGAGGAAGAGGAAUGUCCCAGGUGUUCAAUGGGGAGAAGAUGUUAUUCGAGCUCCCUUCGCCCCCGGCAGCUAAAGUCAAUGGGGAGAUAUACUUCGUCAAGGAGCUCUUGCAGGAUAGCUCGGGAGAUUAUUUUAUUCCCGAACAUUUUUUUUUUGCAUCAUAUGCAUCUGAGUCAACGAGUGAUACAGCAGACAAGCUGUUAUAUGCGCUAGGGCGUGCUGAAGGGUUCAUUAUCAGCGACAAACAAGAAAUCAUUCCAACAUCUAACUUUAGGAGAGUCAUCGAAGAAAUACGCCAAACUCAAACCGAAUCCGUUGUGCGCAAAAUCUUGAGGUCGUAUGGGAAUAUCUCCAAACAGUGGAACAAGCACCACGCGAUAUAUAUGUCAAAUGUGAAUCUCCCUCACGAAAUGCUGGAGAAAGAAUUUUGUAUUCGUUUCAUCACGUCCUCUCCUCAUGCAGCUCCCAUGGAGAUGAUGAGCGCCAUGCAAGACUCAAUUGGGUACAUGAUACAGAAGGCUGCAGAAUCUGGGAUCUUCGCUUGGGACUGCAAAGACAAUGAAGAAGUCAUGCUGGAUCCAUAUGGUCUCUUUCUCGGUGGCGACAACCCUAUGCAUGCUGAGGAGUGUAGUCACGCAGGCUUACAUUGUAACUACUUUUGUCGGACAUGCGAAGUUGGUGGAACAAAGGAGUAUAAGGAGUUGGAUGAGGGCUACAACAGCAUUUUUGUGCCAGGACAACUUCGUACUCCUGCUGGAACAGCAGCUGAGAUUCGCGCUCAAUUCGUUACUGCACUCAAUUCAGGCGCUUCUGAGAAAAUCAAGAAAUCCGUCUCUUCAACAGGUAUAAAAGAUACUACGACAGGCUACAUUCUUGAGGCAGUUGUUGAGAUGGGAAAGAAACUGUGCAAACGGGUGGCUGGUGUCCAGCCAAAACAGGAGAGCGACGUCAAGGCGAUUUUAAACAAGGAACUCGAAGAUCUCUUACGAGGGAGCACACUCAAUAAUGCAAUAAAUCCUUUACUCAGCGUGGAGGGAUUCAAUGUUCAUCAAGACAUGCCAACGGAAAUACUCCACACAGUGCUAUUGGGGGUUGUAAAGUAUUUUUGGGGUCAGACCAUGUAUCUUCUCGAAAAGGCGAAGCUUUUGGAUCUUUUUCAAACACGACUCGACUCGAUUGCGAAGGAUGGACUUGACUCUCCAUGUCUCAACGCUGAUUACAUUUGCCACUACAAAGGUAGUCUCAUCGGGAAACAUUUCAAGAGUUUAGCUCAGGUAAUGCCAUUUCUCAUUCAAGAUCUGUUGCCGAGAACGGUACUUGAUGGGUGGACAACUAUUGGCGAGCUCGUUGUGCAUAUUUGGCACACCAAGAUAGAUGAUACAGAAAUAUACUUGGCCAAGCUUUCCCGGACCAUCGAAGAUUUCCUCAACGUUACGGCUCAAUCAAUCGACAAGGACCAAGUCAAGAUACGUGCAGAACCUUCGCGAGACAAGAUAUUAUCAAGCACAUUGCUACGGGUGGCUACUGGUUUGAUACUGCCAGUAAAAAGAACUGGUCAACUCAAGAAAGUCGCCGCUGCAGGUGGACAGUUUGUUGUAGAAAAGCCUGUAUCAUGGACAGCAACACGCUGCGCAAAGGCGCUCGAUCUUCUGCAACCUGCCACUGUUCAAUACCGUCAUGGAAUCUCUUUAGUCAUUAGCAAUGGCGAGAAGGCAUCCUUAGGUGGACACGUUAUAUUUAAUGACUCCUCGACGUCUUCCUCAGGAAUUGGACGUGUUUGCAAGAUUCUGAUAUCAAAUCUUUGCCGGGAUGUGCAGCAUGUCGCCAUUCAGAAAUUUACUUUCAGACCUACUUUACAUCCCUCACUUCACCUCCCCACUCUUGAGCUCACAGACCAUGAGAUUGUCGUUAGCCCACAAGACAUUAUUUGUAUCGUAAAUAUCCAGCAUGACUGCGUCAAAGCACAGUGCACGGAUAUUCGAUCUGUAAUCCCUCAGUCUCUCCAUGAGACACCAUUGAGGGUCACUAAUGUGGCAGAUGUUUAUCUUGCAGCAGCUCAUCAAAUCCGGGAGAAGAAAGCAGCGAGGAAAGCAGGUGAAACACCCGGUGCUGCAUCUGCGAGCGCACCGCCCAAUGGUGUGGCUAGAGUUCCUGCAGUGUUUGACCGCCCAGCAGCAAAGGCAGCAAGCAAGGCAAAGCCAACACAGAAAGCAAAGGAGAAGGCACCUCAUCCACGCACAAAUCCACGACGCCCCGCGAUCACACAAACACAUCAAGAGUCCCCAAAUUUUCGUCAACACUCGAACAACAAUCAAAUAAGGUUCAAAUCCCUAUUGCCGACAACGUGUUCAAUUCAGUCACCCGGCUCGGAGUGCCUCGGGACAAACCUUGGCAAGCAGCCACUCAUGUGGUGGCCAAAAUUCGGGGUUACCUUCACAGGGAGCCCAGUCAUUGAGGCCACGGUCGAACACAGGAACUUCACAGGCAGGAUCUACAUUUCAUGCCCCCAAAGUUCUACCUCCACCAGCGGCGAGGCCCUAGAUAUACCUGAACUUGGAGUCCAACCGCCCUCCAGCCCAACGUCAUCACUUGACGAGCCAAUCAGCGCAGGAAUUCAUCGAUGCAGGGACAGUGGACCUCCCAACCAUGGUGAUCCCACCAAGCUCACGCCUCAACGUGCGAAACACUUGAAAAUGCAUGCGAAGAAGGCUUGUGAAGAAAAUGAUGUUCUGGAGGAAGACAUUAUGACUUUCAUCAAUUCUGGUGACAUUUUCUAUAUGCUCAUAGACUUGAAGAUCACCCUCGUCAAACUUUGUCAGGGAAACAAGGCCAGGAGAUUGCAGGAAUUAAAGGAUGCGCUGGAAUCAAAGGACUUCGAGGACUUUAUCGGCAAGAAUAGGGACAUCUUCAAAAUUCCCCCUGGACUUCUCAAGGACGUUGAGCUCAGAUCUCAACUGGGCAAGGCGGUCACAAAGCUACUCACAAAUAUUCGUAGUUCCAUCAAAACCAACCUCACUACAUCGAUUGUCAAACGCACAAGCAUUGCUGAUGUGACCAGGUCACUUGCGCAUAGCGGGUCUGGCAUGGAGGUUGAUUCUACUCAUUGGAACAGGAUUGCACUGCUCCGGCAUCUCCUGCGGAUUUUUCUCAUCGGUGUCAGCAAUUAUAAAACUGCUUCCAUCAAGGAUUUAUUUUCCCCUUACCUUAUUCCAUCGCUCAAGCAGGAUUUAUGGGACAAAGUCGCACGUGAGCUUGAUAUUGAUGUCAAACAGCUUGAGAGAGACAUAUUCGAGGGUGAUUUUGAUGAUGUGCCUGAGACUGAUGUCAAUCCAAGUCAAGCCCCCACAGAAACUCAAGUCAAUACCAAUCACGCGCCCAGUGCCAGGAGGGACGCUGACGUGAAUGUCGAACAGUUUGCGGACGAAAGUGGAAUGCAGCAGGAUGCCAAUGGAGAGGAUGAGGAGUCAAAUGUGAGCAGCGGUGCAAACAGCGCGGUCUUUCUCAACAACCCGCUUGACUCUGGAUUCGGACUUGCAGAAGGCAUGGCAGUGCAGUACAACAGUACAACUAAGUUCUGGAACUUCGUCUACCACUCACUUUCGAUUAUGCGCAAGAUAUCCGUUGAAUCCUCCCCAAUCGUCACCGAGCAGGAUAAGGAGUUGCAGAAGUUGCUCAUCGAGAUCUUUCAAGCUGAUCUCGCCGAGUUUCCUGGUGGCAAGAAGGUCUCAAAGCUAAUUUCGAAGACCAACCCACGCUGGCAGACCGCUAUUCAGACUGGACUCAUUUUGUAA